AAUUAACCUAUCAUUUCAACUGUUUCAUUUAUUAGUUUCAUUCGAAAACGCGGAUUUAUCAAUCAAUAAUGUCUUUCUAUAUUUUCAUUAUAAUGUAUCUAGCCAGUUUUUCAAACGCAAUUAUUUUCAAAUAUUUACCUUUAAAUGAGAUCGGCGAAUUGACUGAUACAUGUAGGACGGAUUUAGAAAAGUUGUUUAAUAAUAAUAAAAAUAAAGAAGAAGGUAUGGACUGUAAAAAAUUUAUAAAACUAUUGAGUGUUUUUAAAAUGGCACACCUUUUGGACGAAGCAUUCAUCAGAGGAUUAUUCAAAGAAGAAGUUAUAGAGAAAAAUGGACUUAUGACAUUGGAACAAUUUUUAAAUCAAGCGAAGUUAGUUGUCAAAAUAACUGAAUGGCGAAUAAAUAAUAGUUAUGAAAAAAUGCUCAACUUAGAUAAAAGGAUGAUCAAAAAUGAAUUAACAAAGUCUAUUGAAAAAUUUAAAACCAGAAUCACGCAAGACGAAGCUAAUGAAAUAAUGACUCGUUUUGAUGAUAUAAACGCACAAGAUAUAGGCAUGCAAGCAUUCAGAAACAUAUAUGCGAAUUUAUAUUACGUAAUACUUGGUCAUUCAAAAGAACAUAUACAUAAUAAAUUGGAACUUGUGAUUCAUUUUAUUUAAAAUUUAAAAAAAAUUAUUUUAAAAUAAUUUUUGUCUUUUUUUCUCUAUGGUUAAAUUAAUUAAUUUGUAUAUAUAAAUCAUUGUUAAAGCUGUACUGGUAAUAAAUUGACUUAGUUUAUGAGAUAUUAG